CUCUACGACCAAGUUAUCACGACACCAGACACUUCGAGAAUUAAUGUGAAGAGUCUGGGUAAGCUGGAAGAGAUGAGGGAGAUUCCAUGAUCAUCUAUCAUUGAGGGGAGUUGAAUGUGACAUGUAGUCUAAUCACCCCCCGUUGAUGCCGAAUCUUUUCCGAUCACCACCAACAGACUGAUAGCGGAUCCGUCCCAUCUUCCACCGAGAGACCCCAGUCUCCCCGUCCACGGUCCUCGUCGAGAACGUCAUCCGAACCUCACAAGGGACGGGCCGCGAUUCUAUCAGUAACAUCGUCAGUCUCGGAUCACUUUGGUAUCCUUUGAUUAAAUAUACCCGAUUCAUCGGAAAUGGGAGGGCACCUGGUGACGGUUGCGACCUGCAGUCUGAACCAAUGGGUUCUAGAUUGGGAGGGAAACCUUCAACGCAUCGUUGAGAGUAUCCAUCUCGCCAAGAAGGCCGGUGCUAGACUUCGUGUCGGUCCUGAGCUAGAGAUAUGCGGUUACUCAAGUUUGGAUCACUUCCACGAGCUCGAUGUCUACACCCACAGUCUGGAGAUGCUCCGCAAGCUGUUGGAGGAUGAGAGCUGCCAUGACAUCCUCAUCGACGUCGGUCUGCCUAUCCUCCACCGGAACAUCCGAUAUAAUGCCCGGGCUAUUUUGCUGAACGGAAAGAUCCUCUUGAUCAGACCCAAGAUGUGGCUUGCCAACGAUGGAAACUACAGAGAGAUGAGACACUUCACCCCCUGGAUGCGUCCCAGAGAAACCGAACUGUUCCAUCUGCCCAAGAUCCUCCAGGAAAUCCAGGGCGAAACCCACGUUCUCUUCGGAGACGCUGUCAUUUCCACCCCCGAGACAGCUUUCGGUGCAGAGACCUGCGAAGAGCUCUUUACUCCCAAGGCUCCUCACAUCGACAUGGCUCUUGACGGCGUUGAGAUCAUCACCAACAGCAGUGGCUCUCACUUCACCCUGCAAAAGCUCGACGUUCGUCUCCAGCUUAUCAUGGAGGCAACUCGCAAGUCGGGCGGUGUUUACCUGUAUGCCAACCAACAAGGUUGUGAUGGUGAACGCCUCUACUUUGACGGCUGCGCCAUGAUCAUUGUCAACGGCAACAUCGUUGCUCAGGGCUCACAGUUCAGUCUCAACGACGUGGAGGUCGUUACUGCUACUGUCGAUCUGGAAGAAGUCAGAGCUUACAGGUCCUCCAUCUCGCGUGGCUUGCAGGCGGCUACCUCGAAUGCCAAGUACCAGAGGAUCCAGACCUCGUUCGAACUCAGCCCUGAGGAUGAAGAUACCGAUAUCUGGAAGAAGCCCACCCUUCCCAGGCCACCAAGGUAUCACUCAGUCGAGGAGGAGAUUGCCCUGUGCGGUGGUUGCUAUCUCUGGGAUUACCUCCGAAGGUCUGGCACAGCGGGUUACUUGGUGCCCCUGAGCGGAGGCAUCGACUCUUGCGCCACGGCUACUCUCGUAUUCUCCAUGUGCCGUAUCGUUAUUCAAGCCAUCGAAGACGGGAACCAGCAAGUCAUUGAUGAUGUCAGGUGUAUCUGCAAGUAUGGCAAGGAAGGCGAGCUUCCCAAGACGCCCCAAGAGCUUUGCAAUCAGGUCUUCACUACCAUCUACAUGGGCAUGAGCAAGCAGAGCUCUGCCGAGACUCGCGGACGUGCCAAGGAGCUUUCCGACGCUAUUGGCAGCUACCAUGUUAACCUCGACAUUGACGAUGUGUAUGAGGCUCAGAAGAAGCUUAUCGUCCAGACAACGAAUUUUGAGCCCAGGUUCAAGGUCCAUGGCGGCACAGUCCAAGAGAACUUGACGCUGCAGUGCUUGCAGGCUCGUAUCAGGAUGGUUACUGCCUAUGAAUUUGGUCAGAUCCUCCCGACUGCCCGUGGCAGGCCCGGUGGUGGCAGUCUUUUGGUUCUUGGAAGUGCCAAUGUUGGCGAGAGUCUUCGUGGUUACUUGACCAAGUAUGACUGCUCUAGUGCCGACAUUAACCCCAUCGGAUCGAUCGACAAGGCAGACUUGAAGCGCUUUAUUGCCUGGGCUGAGAAGAAGUUUGAUCUCCCUUGCCUCCACGGGUUCUUGACGGCUGUCCCUACUGCAGAGCUGGAGCCCAUCACCCAGGAAUAUGUCCAAAGCGACGAAGCCGACAUGGGAAUGACGUACGCCGAGCUCACAGUCUUUGGUCGUCUUCGAAAGCUGAACAAGCUUGGUCCCUAUGCCAUGUUCCAGCGUCUCGUCCACGACUGGAGCGCUGACCGUGAGAAGGUCGAGGGUGACGAGGCGCCUUUCUAUACCCCCAGACAGGUUGCCGAGAAGGUCAAGAGGUUUUUCCACUUUUAUGCCAUCAACAGGCACAAGAUGACCACCUUGACUCCCGCAUUGCAUUGCAAUGAUUACUCGCCGGAUGACAACAGAUUUGACCUUAGGCCGUUCUUGUAUCCCCCCUUCUGGAAGAGCUGGAGCUUCAAGAGGAUCGAUAUGGAGCUUGAGAGGAUCGAGAAGAAGAGGGAGGAGCGUGCGGGAAAGGGCAAGGAGACUGCUUAGUGUCGACAAAUACUCGACUAGAAUGUGUUCGGUAGUCUUCAAAUGAAAUUUAAGAAGCCAAAAAAAGAUUAUCGACGACUGGCUCGAACGCACCACCUCUCUCCAAGCAAGCAAGAGAGGAGAGGAGAGGAGCAAAAAACAACAACCGCCCGGUCAGAGCAUCGGUGAACCGUUUGAUUUCAUCUGUCGACUGGAGCGUUCCCAGAUACCAUAUAGGUAGACCGGCUACUAGAUGUGAAGACCCCUUUCCGUAUCUUAGCACACCGUUCCCGAUCCGGACAGGCAAUAGGUUUUUGAGUUUUGAGAACUCAAACGGUAGACCGUUGUGCCAUCUGACCAAGCGGUUGUUGUUGAAAUUAGGGACCAACCGGGUCCCUAAUAUGGUCAUUAGCGUUGAGGUUGAGAUCGGAUGAAGGAGCCGUAGGGAAGGUACGGCAGCUGCUGCGGGACUCGAAGGUCGAACGGUUCGGCUGGGGGAAGAACGCUGAAUCAUAUCUACUUCACACAUUUGGUCGUAUUCCAGCAUCAAGAUC